AUAGUUAGAAGAAAGAAAGAGUGAGUGAUGAGAGAGAGAGAGAGAGAGAGAGAGAGUGGGAGAGGACAAAGGACAGUUAGUUUUACUAGGAAAGGAGCUUCCUAAGCCGUAGGGAUGCUCAUAUCAGACAAUUCUCAGCCCUUCGAUUCUUUUUGGCGUAGGAUUCUCAGUUGAGUACACGUGCUUCCUAUCCUUUCCUUUACCCCUCUCUCUCUCUCUCUCCCCCUCCUUUUCUUUCAUCUUUGCUUCCAUGCAUGGAUUUCUCCUCCAAAUAUAGUCUUCCUAUGCAGAGUUAGAGAGAGAAACUAAAGACAGAUGAGAGAGAAACAUAAAGGCUUUUAAUUUUUCUCCUUUGCCUUGUUCAUCUCCAUCAUUAAGCAACAAAGGCAACACAACACAACCCAUCUCUUCAAAUUUGAUUUUUUUUUUUUUUUCUUCAAAACUUUUUAACUACCAGUGAGAGAGAGAGAGAGUCACUCAAAAUAUUCAAUACUACUCUGUUUCUUUGCUUCUUCUCUACAUCAGAUCUUGUUCUUCCCCAAGAAUUCAAUGAAAUCUGAGAUGGGUUCUUUAGUUCUCCAAUAAAACUCCAUUUUGGAUCGGAACAGAGUAAUUCAAGUUCCUGUGAUUAGAUUUGAAUUCUCUGAGUCUGUUUUCUGAUCUGUGUUCUCUCUUUCGAAGUUUAUUGUAAUUCUCAUCAAUGGAAGAAGAUCAAGAGUUCAAGCAUUCUUGCAAAUUCUGCAACAAGAGCUUCCCUUGUGGAAGAUCAUUGGGAGGUCACAUGAGGUCUCAUGUCAUAAAUUCCUCUGUUGAAACCGACGAAAAGCUCACCAAAAAGAAGCUCUCAUCGAUCAACAAUGGCGAAAACAAUGCUAGUUAUGGACUCAGAGAGAAUCCCAAAAAGACUUGCAGAUUUGCAAGGUCAAAUGGAGAAGAUGCUAUGUUUCAUGACAAGCUCUGUAGAGAAUGUGGCAAAGGCUUUCAGUCAUGGAAGGCCUUGUUUGGGCACAUGAAAUGUCACUCUGAGAGAUUUUCAUCAAACAGUGCUGUGGAAGUCAUCGACAGCCAAUCGGACAACGAAACAGCGGGGGCGGCACCGAAUCGGAAGAAGAGAUCUAGGAGAAUGAAAAUGACAAGGUACAACAACAACAACAUAGCCACAACAACAACAACAACCUCUUCCUCUGUUUCUGAGAUUGAGCAUGAACAAGAAGAGGUUGCUAUGUGUUUGAUGAUGCUUUCUAGGGACGUGGGUAGUAAAUUCAAUGGUUUGAGCUCUGUUACUGAGUCUUCUGAUAACAAUUUUGAGCUUUUGGAAGCUGGAUCAUCAAUUUUUCCUAGAAAAAUUGCUAAAAGGGGUAUUAUGAAUUCUUGGUCUGAUUGUGGUGAGGCUGUGAAGUUCAAGAAGCUGAGAAAUGGGAAGUUGGGGUCUAAAAUCUUGGAUUCUAUUUCACAAUUGGACACAAAUCAAUCAGAUUGCGUUGAAAAACUGUUUUCAAGAAACGGGUCUAAACUUAAUAAGUCAGAUUUUGAAGCAUCUGAAGUUGAAUUGGGAAAGGAUUUGAUGCUAGAUCAAGCUGAGAAACAGAGUAAAUUUGAGUGUACAACUUGUAACAAGACAUUCCAUUCAUACCAAGCUCUUGGGGGUCACAGGGCAAGUCACAAGAAGAUCAAAGGCUGUUUCGCUUCAAAAAUCGAUAGCAGCCCUGAAAACAGUUUUGAAACUACUGAGAUCACUCCUACUCCUAACCCAAUUCAUGAAAUCAAAUCCACAAACAAGAAGAACCCAAUUGAGCAAGAGACAAGUACUAGUAUUUGUGUGUCGAAGAAGAGCAAGGGACAACAUGAGUGUCCAAUUUGCUUCAAAGUGUUCUCAUCAGGACAAGCUCUUGGGGGUCACAAGAGAUCACACCUAAUUGGUGCCUCUUCUGAGGCCAAAAACAACCAAAGUAGUGGUGUUGUGAUUCAAAAGCCGAUAUCUGAAAUCCGCGAUCUUCUUGAUCUGAACUUGCCUGCUCCUGUCGAAGAAGAUAGUGGGCGCGUGCACGUUGAGUUCAAACCAUGGUGGGUUGAAAGCAACCACAAGCACGAGGCCAUGGUUGGUUUGAUCUCUAAUUGACGAUGAACUCGACGAUCAUUCAUAGUCCUAGCCUUGGUUUUCCAUGAUCAAAGUUUCUGUAUCUUUGGUUUUGUCUCUAAUUGAUGAUGAACUCGAAAAACAUUCAUAGUCCUAGCAUUGGUUUGAUCUCAAGUUGACAAUGAACUUGAUGAUGAUUCAUAGUCCUAGCCUUGGUUUUCCAUGAUCAAAGAUUUUCAAGAGUGUACAGAUUCAUUCAUUCUUUACAUAAUUGAAGUGUUUGCCGAGGCGAGGUAACAAUUCCCCAACUUGCUGCAGCUUAGGGCCUCUAAGUAGCCCAUCUUCAACUUCCCUAGUUACAAGUUUUUUUUUUUUUUGGCUAAUUUGUUUUGAAUUUUCACAUUAUUUCUUAUGUGUUUGUCAAGAGAAUAAUCUCAUAUUGUGUCAAAUCUAAGCUCAUUGAUAUGUUUUUACCU